AUGAUGAUGAUGAAUCCAACGAUACAACCCGUUCUAUCCGCUCCAGACUACAUGCAAAGGACACUUCCUCAAAUAGAACCCACUGCUGCUAUUAAUUUGAAGCUAUGUACGCUGCUCCCCCGCUUCUCCGACACUCAAUUGGUGGAAAAUGAUCUCAAGUUUAAACUAACGAGGCAUUUAUCACUCUGGCAUCCAUCUAACAAUUUUACCACUGGUCCAAUCGAGAAUAACAAUAGAUCAAGAGAUAAUUCUAUCCCAGAAAUGAAUUACCCCAACAGCUCACAGAACCCAUCCCCCAUUCUAACGAACAAUACUUAUUCCACUCAAAAUUCAAAUGAUAUAAGCUCGGCUAAUACUCCACCUUCAAACGUUCAACUACCAACGAUAUGGAGUACCGUACCAAGAAGAAUCCCACUCGAACCUACUACAUUAUCGAAAGUGGGAUCAAUGUCUUCACUUAUGCUGCCUAAUCCAAAUGUUAAUACUAACCUUCAACCAACGGGAACAUCACCUACUCCUCAAUAUUAUAGUGAUAGUGGUGUAAUUCCAACUGAAAUGGGGUAUUAUUACCCAUCAGAGGAUGGUUCCAAGAAGCAUAGAAUAUCCAAGAGACAAAGAGCCAUAAUGGUGAAGGAUUUGAAGAAAAGGAAGCAUGAGGAGGAAUUGGAAAAGAGAAGAAAAUAUAUUUGUAAAGUUUGCUCCAAGGGAUUCACAACAUCUGGUCAUUUGGCAAGACAUAACAGAAUUCAUACGGGUGAGAAAAAACAUCAUUGCAGUUAUCCAGGCUGUUAUUUGAAGUUUAGUAGACAUGAUAAUUGCGUUCAGCAUUAUAGGACUCAUUUUAAAGUGAGGGAACCAUAUUAUUAUGGCCGCCCUGAAUAA